GGCUGGCGGCCACCAGUAAGGCUGAGGAUGCCGCCUUUGUUGGACGUGGUGGUGGUCGCGGCGCUCAGCACCACACCAACACGCCUCACCACGCCACACUACCACAACGCACUCACCACACCUCGCCCACCACACUACUACCCCCGCCGCCGCUAGCCCCCCCUGCACUAUAUUCCCGCCUCCACCCACAGUGACACCACCACUACCAACAUCACCACCAUUUCCCAGCCUUGCUCAACACCACCACCACCACCACCACCACUACUACACCACAACCAGCCUUGCAUCCUACAACCUCAAACUACAACCACGCUUAUCUCUAACUACCAGCAACGUAACCAGCACCUCUGCGCCACACCACAACCACCAUCCUUCUACCACACCACACCCCCUCCCCCCAACUAACACUCUACCUCACUGCAACCACCACCAACCACCACCCCUACCCCAUCCACUACAACCCAGCCACACCACUCUACCACACACCACUGCCGGGGUGAGGUAGGGGGGUGGUAGCAGCCAGCCAAGGCAAAAGUAACUGCUAGUUAAAGGGGAUCGUCUUGCGGACGACCGCGCCAAGACUUCUGCCUUGGUUGUCUCUCGCGAACAUCACACUGAGACAACCUCCACAAGUGUCUCUUGCGAUGAGACAGCGUCAAGUUUACCGCCUUAGUUCCCGUACCUCACACUGAGACCCCUUCCUCAAGUGUGUCUCCUGCAGACCACGGUAUCAAGACUACUGCCUUAGCUCGUCUCUCGCGUAUACUCAGCACCGAGAUCACUGCCUCAGGUCUCUCACAUACCUCAGUGCCGUGACCAGUCUCUCAGGUAUCAAGUGGGUCUCACCAAGAGACCACAGACCUGUCUUCUCUUCCACUGAGACCACAGUGACGGACAAACAGAUAGGUGUGUGAAAGCAAAAUUUCGUUAGUUAUCAGGAACGGAAAGAGACCCUCCCAAACUCUCCUCCCAUUUCUUCCAUGAAGGAGAAAAGGUGCUAUUAAUAGAGCAGUGAAUGAAGUGCUGAAUAAGGCAGUGAAAGGAGAAGCAAAUCUACAUAACACUGUCACAUCACUGAAGUCGUUUCCAUCAUAAUGAUUACGUUUCCACCACCGCCUUGUCACUAUAUGUGCCAGGAAGAGAGAGUCCUCGGGUACGAGGACGGCCGAGACCUGGACCUCGAGCUAGAAAACAAUCAGGACCUCGGGGUUGUAAUAGAUGGUGGACGAGACUUGGGAAGGGUUCGUCAAAACAGCCGAGAGGUCAUCGUACGCCGAAAUAGCCGCGAGCUUGCACGUCAAAACAGUCAAGACUUGGGACUGAUGCGUGACACCUGUCAGGACCAUGGUUUAGGGCACGAGAACAGUCGAGACCUGGCCUUGGUGCGUAAGAACAGUCGAGACCUGGCCUUGGUGCGUAAGAACAGUCGAGACCUGAGCUUAAUGUGCGAGAACAGUCAGGACCUUGGUUUGGUGCGUGAGAACAGUCGAGACUUGGGUUUGGUGCGUGAAAACAGUCAGGACCUUGGUUUGGUGCGCGAGAACAGUCGGGACUUUGGUUUGGUGCGCGAGAACAGUCGGGACUUUGGUUUGGUGCGCGAGAACAGUCGGGACUUUGGUUUGGUGCGCGAGAACAGUCGGGACUUUGGUUUGGUGCGCGAGAACAGUCGGGACUUUGGUUUGGUGCGCGAGAACAGUCGGGACUUUGCCUUAGUUCGUCAAGACAGCCGAGAUCUUGGUCUAGUACGGCAAGACAGCCGGGAUCAUGGACUAGUACGCCAAGAUAGCCAAGAUAGCCGAGAUCUUGGACUAGUUCACCAAGAUAGCCGAGAUCUUGGACUAGUUCGCCAAGAUAGCCGAGAUCUUGGACUAGUUCGCCAAGACAGCCGAGAUCUUGGACUAGUUCGCCAAGACAGCCGAGAUCUUGGACUAGUUCGCCAAGACAGCCGAGAUAGCCGAGAUCUUGGACUAGUUCGCCAAGACAGCCGAGAUAGCCGAGAUCUUGGACUAGUUCACCAGGACAGCCGAGAUAGCCGAGAUCUUGGACUAGUUCGCCAGGACAGCCGAGAUAGCCGAGAUCUUGGACUAGUACGCCAGGACAGCCGAGAUAGCCGAGAUCUUGGACUAGUACGCCAAGAUAGCCGGGAUAGCCGAGAUCUUGGACUAGUACGCCAAGAUAGCCGGGAUAGCCGAGAUCUUGGACUAGUACGCCAAGAUAGCCGAGAUCUUGGACUAGUGCACCGAGACAGUCGAGAUCUGGGCUUGGUGCGCAAGGACAGUCGAGACCUGGAAUUAGUACGCCAAAAUAGUCAAGAUCUUAGCCUGAGGUGCCAAAACAACCGAGACUUAUGUUUGGUACGCAAAAAUAGCCGAGACCUGGACUUGGUGCACGACGACGGAAGAGAACUGGUACUCGUGCGCGAUGAUGGCCUGGUGUUUGACUAUAGCGACGAAACUGUGAGCCAGUUGGAGGAGGAGGAGGAAGAGGGAGAAGGAGAGGAAGAGGAGGAAGAAGAAGAUAGCCUGGGAGACAGGACUCCCGAGGCAGACAUCAGCUACGUCUCUACCAUCUUCCGCUGCGGUUGUAGCUGCUGCUGGAGGUACCAGCUCUGCAGAUCGGGGGUAAGUUGAUUUCCAAUAUCAGGUUGGAAAAUUGAGUUGUCCUAAAUGUAAUGUUUCUAUUCCUGUGUGCAUUUUAUUUGUAUUGACCUGUACAGCAUUACGUUAUAUACUUACGCACUAUGAGGCGUUUAUGUAGGUACUAAUCUAGCUUUCUGGUGUUGAAGACAACACCAGAAAGUGUUGAAAGAAAGUGUUUUCUGGUGUUUUAGCUUAAAUGUGGAGAUAAGUGAACAUUUACAGUUUCGUCAAUACAGGAGAUUAAAUGUUUUUUGAUUGUUGAUUGUUUGUGGAUGAACAAUGUCAAGUGGGAGCCACUGACGAACCUUUCCUUCCGCGUCCGCCCUUCCCGGAAGGUGCUGAUGCCACAACUACACAUUAAAUUGGGCCUUAGGAAACAAUUGGUCACGUCUCAUGAUUAGGGUUGGCAGCCUUCAAGUACCUUCAAUACCUCUUCCCUAAGCUGUUUUUGGCAAGGGCCAAAGCCGAUGUUUUCUCCAGACCUCAGAUAAAUUUAGAAGAUCCUGGAAAGAAGGUCCUGGACCAUUCUCAAGACAAUCGACUUGAGAAUGGUCCAGGUCCAGGACAAUCGACGUUUCGGUCUUGGACGGACCGAAACGUCGUCGUCCCUUCACUUUCUAGUGUGUGUGGUGUGGUCAAGAUCCUGGAAAGCAAGGAACUCACUACGAAGACAAAAUAAUUGUUAAUCUUGAAAAAGUACUCUAUAAUCUUUUGUGGUAAUUUUUGUAUAACUUUAGUAUAAAUAUACAGUAUGUUUAUUUAUAUAUUUUUCUGAAUUCAUGUAAAGGAAAAGAUGCAAAUUCACUUGAUUUCUUGUAGGAAACAGGUCAACUUCAAAAUACCACAGUUCUGGCCACAAAAGCAAAUUUUGAGGGGGGGAAAUAAUAUCCAUUUUCUAUAAUUUUUUGGGCAUAAAAAAUUUGCCAAAACACUUUCUGCCUAGAAACAAAAUUUGUGUUACGUUGUGUUAUAUCAAGAGUUAGUAAUGUUAUAGGUAAAGUUGCAUAGGUAAAUAUAAUUGUGGAUAUUUAAACGACAAGUCUUUAUUGUUAUUGUAGUCGACUUUAACUCUACUCUUGUGGUCUCUGGUGUCUCUUAACCCCUCACGUGCUGAUCGUAAUCCUGUAUUGAUGUUCUUCAUCUGUAGUAGAUAUAUGACGCAAGUUUUGGCGGGUUGUAUCAGCGGAGGGGAGUUAACUUUUAUAUCUUCCAUCUUGAGGUUAUCUUGAGAAG